CGCGGCCACGAAUUGGCGGCACUGCUUAUAACCUGAUCUUAGCACGAAGCCACGAGCAGCUUUAUUAAACUUUCAAAGUGUGAUCUGGCAUUAUCUGUCCCAGAAAAAAGAAUAAUUAACAGAAUUAUUUGUGAUCUGGCAUUAUCUGUCCCAGAAAAAAAGAAUAAUUAACAGAAUUAUUUUUAUAAAUAUGCUAUAUAUCUGUAUACUGUGCCUUGUUUAAUUAUAGUUAAUUGCGAGUUUAUCAAGAUUAAAGACUAUUAAAGUAAGUCAAGAAACAUGGCCAUGCUUGCAGAACGCCGGCGAAAACAGAAAUGGACUCUUAAUCCACGAGGAAAAUAUUGGACUGAUGACUCGAAUAAAAUCGGUCAAAAAAUGUUGGAGAAAAUGGGCUGGACAAGCGGAAAAGGUCUUGGUGUUAACGAACAAGGCAAUCCAGAACCUUGUCGUAUACCAUACAAGAGUAAUACAACUGGUAUUGGAUAUGAUAAGAAUCCAGAGGCAUGGAUCGAACAUCACGAUAAAUUCGAAGAUUUUUUGCAGCAGUUACAGGAAAAUCUGGAUCAAGAUAUGGUUCAGAAGUUGGAAAACAAAAAUGACCUGAGUAAACAGUCAACGGAACUGAAAUCUAAAAAUCCAGCACGUGUGUAUUGUCAGAAAUUUGUACGCGGUAAAGAUCUAGCCACAUAUAAAUCGAAAGAUUUAGCAAAUAUAUUCGGUCGGAAAGAACUAACUGAUAUAGAGGCCAGUGUAGAAAAAAAUAAUAGUACCUAUGAAGAGGAAGCUGUUGAUACAAAAAAUAAUAAAUAUGGAAUUGUCACAAUUAACGGUGGUAGUAUGACUGAUUACUUUAAAUCUAAAUUAAAUGGCAAACCAACUUGCGAUAAGAGUUUGGCCAGUAAUAUGACUGAUAAUGAAACGACUGACUCCCAAAAUGGGAACGAACGAGUAGGGUUUGGAUUUGCACCGAAAAUAGAUAAAACGUCAACUAAAUGUGAAGUAUCGAAAGACUCUGAUGAGAGAAGCAAUUAUGCUUUUGACAAUCCUUGCUUGGGAUGGAAUAGUCCUGUAGACUCUACAUUUAAUACUGAUGGCACUACCAAAAAAUCUGGGGAAAAAAGAAAAAACGGAUUUCAAAAUGCUGGUUUGCACCUCGACGAAACGAACAGGCACGACGUACGAAAGAAAUUAAAAGCUGAAAUUACUGAUAGUGGCUGUAAAAAUGCUUUCACAAAUUCAGCUUUAAAUUUAGAUACGGAAUCUGAAGGAAAUUGUAACGGCAAAGAAUUCGAAAUAUCUAGAUCGGAGUUUGGUUUAGAGAAUUGUGGCUUAGAUCUGACGGAUGAGAAAAGCGACAAGAAACGAGUAACAUUUAGUGAUCACAUUAUGAUGUACGAAUACAACAUAGAUUCUUCCAAGAAGAAAAAGAAGGAACAAACUAAGUUGGAUAAAUUUGAAGUUGAAAAUAAAAGGCAUAAGAAGAAACGAAAACACGAGAGCAUUGCGACUCCUGUCUCAGAUGGGUGUAUUAACGAAGCAUUAGAUAUAGAAACCUUUUGCGACGAAAUUAAUGAUAACGAAUUGAAUGAACACCGAAGUAAAAGGAUUAAGAAAAGAAAAAUCUGUAAAAUAUCUCGUUUAGAAACAAUACAGGAAUCACCGGAACAGGAAAAGGAAAUAAAUGACAUGAAAACGGAACCAGAAGUUAUUACUUUGGAAAACGAGAAAACAGAUAUCGUGGAUCAAAAAUCAAAGAAAAAGAAGAAGGUCAAAGUUGAAGAAAUAAUUGAAGAACCAAAUAUAAAAAUUGAAAAAACAAAUAGAAAUAAAAAGCUGAAGAGAGAUAAGAACAAGGAAGGAGAAAUACUAACUUCAAAAAAAUGUAAAAAGAAGAAAGACAAAUGUAAUAAAGAAAACUGCAAAGCCAAAUUCAAAUCUACCGUACAAACUGAAAUAAGUGUUGAUAAAAUAAAUAUCGAUAUAUUAGAGAAGCCGAACAUGAAACAGCAACAGAUUGAUCAUUCAGCCGAAAUUGAAGACAAGAAUACAACAGGAAUUGAAACAUUACCAGUUGUUACACUUGAAGCACAAGAUAUCAAACGAAAGAAGAAAAAGAAGAGCAUUGACACGGAAGAUUGUCUGAAGAAUGAAAUGAGCCGCGUACGUAAUGUUGAUAGAGAAAUUUCUGAUAAGGAAAAUGCUGAUAAAAGUCAAGAUCCGCAAGUUACGCAAAAAUUAGGGAGGAAAGAUAAGAAACGUAAGAAAUCGAAAGAUAUGAAUGUAUCCGACAUCGGAGAUUCCUCCUGUAACAUAGAAGUCGCGGAUGUAAACACUACCAAAGAGGAAAAAAUAGAAAAAGCGGAAUUUGUUGAUACCUCAUCAAAAAGAAAUAAAAUAAUUGACGCUAUUGAUGGCAUAAUUCAUAGUCAGUCGAGUGUAAAAGCAAGAGUGUCUAAAAAAAUGUUGAUGACUCUUUUUCCACAAUAAUUCAGGUCAGGUUUUCCAGAUUCUAAGUCUACCAUGUAAAGGAAUACUAAAUGCUAGCUAGAAUAAGUACAACAAUUGUUUCGUAUCAUUUGCGAGAGUAUGUGAUACUUUGUGAUGAAGAUUGCGUAUCUAAUGCUUAAUGAUUUAAAAAUGUCCAUACAUAUAUAUAUUUCUACAAGCAAGCACAAUCUUUAAUAUAACUUCAAUCAAUAUUUAUAUCUAAAUUAUAUAUCUAUAUAUUUAUAUAAGCU